CUUUCUUGCAUUGAUACCAAUCAAUGGAUAUUAUGUAGUGCAUAUAAUUUUUCUUGAGUCUUCGAGAAAAUGUAGGAGAGAGAGAGAGAAAGAGAAAUAUAGAAAGUUCUAUGUUGUUCAAUUGUUUGCAUAUAUGUAGUUGACUGCAACUAACGUUUUUCUAUUCUUUAAUUUGCUUUGAAAUAGCAUCAAAAUCAUACACGGCUUUUUAUUACCUUGAUCACUACGCGGAUACAUUGUAAACAUAUAAAUACAUCAGCAUACAUAUACAUUUUUUAUUUAUCUUCAGUCCAAACACUGCUCUAUUAUCCGUCACCCACAUCCACAUAUCAAAAACAUAUCGUUUAUCAACCAUCAUGCCUACAGAAAUGCGAUUGCAGCGACAGCUGGAUCACAACAAGCGACUUCGCGAACAAUAUGAGCUCGAGCGUAUCUCCGUAUCACAAGCUAGCGCCCUUCUGAUCAAGUAUUGCAUGUCAACUCGUGAUGUGUUUGUAACACAAGUCUGGGGAGAGCUGGAUAAAAGUGAGGAUCCAUUCAUGGCCCAGCCCAAAGGUUGCUGCACAUUGAUGUAGCCCAUUUAUUUGGAGUAGUUUGGGAGCAGGAAUACAGGGAGAAGUCUCAACCCGAGGGCAUUUUGUCAAUUUUUAUUUUUCAACAAUAACCAAUCAAACAUCUGAACGCAUGGAGCGCUGAUUGAGGGAGCUGGUUUUACUGACUUUAGUCGAAUUCACGACAAAGGAACGCCGGACGGACCUUUUCAAGUAAUUUUGGGAGGAUAAAGUAGCAGCCAAGCAAUAACUAGAAAGAGUGAAGGGGAGACAUUGGCAAUGGUAUUUUAUCCUUUCCUAUUCAUUUUGUUUAAUGAGAUCUUUGAUCCAGUUUUUUUUUUAUUAGUUCAUUCAUUUGAAGUGUAAAUAUAACGUAAUAAAGCCUAUUUGGCUUCAU